AUGCAAAAUGAAGAAUACAAAAGAUUAAUAUCCUUAUGGGGAGUAGAACAUCAAGAAAUAUUGAUGAGUAAUUCUAUCCUUUUUUUAGGUAGUUCACUAUUAAUAUUAGAAAUAUGUAAAGGUUUAGUAUUGAGCGGUGUAUCUAAUUUGACUAUUAUAGACAAUGAACUAAUAGAUAUAGAUAAUUUAAGAAAUUAUAAAUUAUAUUAUAAUUUAUGUAAUUUAAAUGAUUAUAAAUGUAAAGUGAUAGAACAAUAUUUAAUAAGAACAAAUAGAAAUGUUAAUAUUAAUUCGAUUAUAGCAAAUCCAAUGGAAUAUUUUUAUAAUAUUUUAAAAGAAAGAAAAGAAGUUGAGAUAUAUAAAUGUAAUGAUAAAAUAAAAACACAUAUAGAUAUAUUAAUAUGUAAUUUGAAUGUUAAAGAUAAUAUAUAUAUAGAAAAAUUAUGUAAUAAGCAUAAUAUAAAUGUUAUAACGUGUAAUUAUAUUAAUAUGAUAGGUUAUUUAAAUAUAUGUUUAAAAGAAAAUAAUCACUUUUAUAUUCAUAAUAAUAAUAAUAAUAAUUAUAAUAGUUUUUUUUUUUAUCAUUAUAUAGCCUUGUCUUUAUUAAACAUACCAGAAAUAAAUGAAUAUGUAAAAAAGAUAGAUUAUACAUCUUUCAAACAUAACAAUGUAAUAAAUAAAAUUCUUUUCCUCAUUAAAUGUUAUAAGGAUAUAUAUAAUAUAGAACAAGAAAAAAAAAAUAUAAUAAUAAAUAAAAAUAAAAAUAAUAUUAAUAGUAAUAAUAUAAAUAAUUAUUAUAUACAUUCUGGUGAAAUAAUAAAUUGUAAUGAUAUAUUAUUAUAUAUUAAAAACAAAUUAUUCUUAACAAGUUUAUCAUUUCCAUAUAUUCAAAAUAUAACACAUGAAUUCUUAACAGUGCACAAUAUAUUAUGUAUAAUAAAAAAAUAUAAAAUUCAAUCAGACAUCCAUAAUUAUCAUAACAAUUUCUCUAUAUGUAAAAAUCAUAUAUCUUUCUUUUUAAUUGUAUAUAAAAGUUUUAUCAAAGAAAAUCAUGAUUUACCCUAUCUAUAUGAUGACAUAAAUUUUGAAGACCAAAAUAUUAAUACAAUUCUAAUGAAAAAAAAACAACAGCAUAUACAAAAAUUACAAAAUAUAAUUAAUAAGAAAAAAAUCAAAUAUUCUUUUUACAAGCCAUUUACUAUAACUUAUUUUGGUUAUUUUUUUUCUCACUUUCAUAAUAUAAGAUAUAUAACAAAGGAUCAAAUUAAAAAUAACGAUGAAUUAUUGAAUCACUGGCAAAAAUUUAUGUAUCUAUAUGAAUAUAGCAUGGAUAAAAAAGAAAAUAAAAAUUAUAUAUAUAGAGGCAAUACAUAUGAUAAUAAUAAUAAUAUAUAUAGAGACAAUACAUAUGAUGAUAAUAAUAAUAAUAAUAUAUAUUUAGACCAUACAUGUAAUAAUAAUCAUAAUUAUUCAUGUUCAAAUAACCAUUAUAAACACAAAAUAGAAAUUAAAAAAAAAAAAAAAAAAAAAGGUAAUCCAAUUCUUUUAUGUAAUAACAAAAGUAAUGAUAUCCUUUAUUUUUAUAAAAGCAAAUUAAAUGAUCAUAUUAAAGGGAAAAUAAAAGAUGGAAUACCCAACAUUCUUUUAAAUAAUAAUAUAUAUACAAUGUAUACAUCUAUAUACCAAAAAAAAGAUAUAUAUUUUGUAAAGAAUCUACUCAUACAUAGUCACAGAAAUACAUCCAUUCUAAUGAACUCCAUACAAAAUAUUAAUAACUCUUUUAUGAAAUAUAAUAAGACAAAUAAUUUUUGUAGUAAUAUAUGUUUGGUUUUAUUAAUGUCUGGAUUUAUAACACAAGAAAUUCUAAAGAUUGCCUCACUGUAUUUAAAGCCGCACAUAAAUUACUACUUUUUCGAACUAUAA